AUGAGAGUUCCACCCCCCUUCACACAGCUGAAAGGAACAGAGCUUUGUCCCCGCGCCGAGGAAGGGCUGGGAAAAGGGAUUCAAGACUUAACAACCAAUGGAUUAAUCCAUAAACCGCAACCCCUAGAGAAUCGAGAGCGACAAAAGUCAUCAGACAUCCUGGAGGAAUUAAUUGUUCAAGGAAUAAUACAAAGCCACAGCAGAGUAUCUAGAAAUGGAGAAUCAUACGAUGUCACGGUGAACACGACUGAGAAGCCACUGAGAAAGCCACCAGCCAGGCUGAAAAAACUCAAGAUCAAAAAGGAAGUAACAGAUUUCACAAUGAAGGACAUAGAGGAGAAGAUGCAGGCGGUGGCCGAGCGCAGGAAGACAAAAGAAGAAGAAAUGAGAAAGAGACUACGGAGUGACCGACUUCUGCCUUCCGCCAAUCAUUCAGAUUCAGCUGACCCUGGUGGGGCUGAGGUUCCAUUUGCCAAAGGACUUAACCCUGUGAGUUCUGCCGUGUUUGAGCCGUGGGACCUGCAGGGAGGAAAGCUGUUCAAAAGAAAGAAGAGCAAAAGUGAUGUGACCUCAAAUGAUAGAGACUACAGUUAUGAAGGUAUUGGCGUCGUGGAGUCAGACAUGUCCUACAACCAAGAAGAUCACAUAUUCUAAUGAGCCAUUUAUGUGAAUUCUGUGAAAAAGCACCCAUUUCCCCCAGUCAUGCCAGGCUUUGUAUGUCUUAUCUUUUUGUUUGACUGCCUGGCUGCAUGGGCUAGUUAGCUGAGUAAAUUAAAUGGCUAAUGGUUAUGCUAGCUUCACAAAAAGGAAGAUUCGACUACUUUCGAUAUUAAAAGUUGGCUUCAAACAUU